AUGGACCACAGCAAUCACAUCCUUCGACAUGCGCAUCACCUUCGCAAAAGAGUCCCAAUGCCAGAACCGCAAGGAGGUACAAAGACGGUCGUCGAAGUUGUAUUCGUCACUCAGCCCCCCAGCUUUGAUGGCGAGCCAGCUGGAUUUGUGACCGUAAAUCCGCAAGAUGACCCAACUUCGGUCGAGGCUGCGACCGCUGACCCGACUCCCACUUCAUCGCCAUCCCGCCCAAAGCAGCAAAGUGUAGCCCCGCAGGAGGAGUCCGAAAAGGAGGAAAUCAAGACGACAAUGAGGACCUCCACAAGGUCGCAGUCAUCCGUCAUCUCAUCGGCAUCAAUAAAAUCAGUUGUCGAGUCCUCGACAAUUGCGACCACAACCCCCUCCCGUACUACUGCAUUCGGUGGUGUCGCUGCUACCUUAGGAUCUACCACAUCGGCAGCUCUUCCAAGUGAGACCGAUGCCGCUACUAAUAGUGCAGGUCUGACUAUUGGUGCCUAUGCUGGUAUUGUCGGUGGUGGUGUGGCCCUCAUCAUGGUUGUUGUCGUUGUUAUCGCCGUGAUGCUCAAGAAGCGUAAUAAUAAGAACUAUGAGAAGCCAGAGGACGAGAAGAACAUGAAGCAUCUGUCGUUCAGCGACAGAUCGACACCGUCCCCAGUUUCUCCAGUUCCAACCCCUAAGCCUGCUAUGGCACUUGCUCCAAAACUUGAAAUCAGACCAAUGACCCAAUUCGAUGGUUCCUUCUUCCCCGCCGGAAACUCCGAUACUAUGAGGUCGCAGGACAGACCAAUCAGGGCCCCUCCUCCAGCUUUAUCCAUCGACCCCAAGAAUCUCAUACCCGGCCCUUUCGAAACCCCAGAACCAUCGCCAGCAUUGUCUGCUUUCUCAGAUAGCUCCAAUAUCACAUUGCCAAUCCAAGGCGCCACUGGUGGUCCCAACUCAUCUUCACCAGUUCACCGUGUCACCGUUGACUUCAAGCCAUCUAUGGCUGAUGAACUCGAACUCCGCGCAGGUGAAGUCGUCAGACUACUCCACGAGUAUGACGAUGGUUGGGCUCUCUGCAUUCGCAUGGACCGAACCCAACAAGGUGUUUGCCCACGUACCUGCCUUUCUCCCAAAGCCGUUAAGCCCCGCCCGCCACCACCGGGUAUCCGCGGUCCAGGAGGUCCUCCACACCCAUAUUCUCCUAGCGCCGGUCGACCACAAUCUCCCAGCUUCGGGCCUGGCUCUCGCCCUCAAUCUCCUCGCAGUCCUGGACCCAAUCGUCCACCGAUGUCUCCGAAAGGCAUGCCUGGUCCACCACGCCGACCUAUGGGGCCCGAUUCCCGCCCAGAAAGCCCAAUGAGCGCUCGUCCGCCCCACCCUCUUAGCAGAGUCCAGAGGGAAGACGACGUUCAGUUCCAUGCCAUGUAA